AUGAAUCGUUCAAGGCGCCAGUUGCUGCUUUGGCUGUUGGUGGCGUCUUUCCUACUAGGUUAUUUCUUCUUUCCCAGCGACAACCCAUCGGAUGACGGCGACGACCUUUACACAUUGUCACCUUUCAUAGGACCUGAUGGACAGGAGAGGUUUAUCAACCCGACAAAAGAUGAACUCAACCCCGACUAUCUGUGGAGGAAGCUACCUGUACGCAACCCCGUCGAGUCCAUGGAGACUCUCCCGACCGGAAACCCUAAGAGGAUGCCACGAGUUCAAGCAAAAGCGUCAAAGUUUUCAAGAGUCACGUCGUGGUUUCAAAGAGACCGGCGCGAUGCAGUUAAGCAGGCUUUUACGAGAUGCUGGGUGUCUUACCGCGAUUUGGCUUGGACAACAGAUGAGCUGUCCCCUAUCAGCGGUCUCGCUACAAAUGUGAUGGGCGGUUGGGGCGUGACGCUCGUGGACAGUCUCGACACAUUGUGGAUAAUGGAUAUGCACAAAGAAUUCGACGAGGCAGUGGCUGCGGUCUCGCAAAUCAGUUUCGAAGACACCCCAGCGCCCGAAAUCAAUACCUUUGAGGUUAAUGUUCGCCAUCUUGGCGGUCUUUUGGCGGCUUAUGAUCUCAGCGGCGACCGAAGAUUACUCAAAAAGGCCAUAGAGGUCGGCGACAUGCUCUAUGCGGCAUUCGAUACGCCCAACCGGAUGCCCAUUACACACUGGGAUUUCCACCGCGCUGCGCGUCAGGAGGAGCAGCUGGCAGAGGAAACUGCUCUGGCUUCGGAGUUGAGUUCUUUCACGUUGGAAUUCACGCGACUGUCCCAGAUUACCAGGGAUUCGAAAUAUUUCGACGCCGCUACUCGAAUCAUGAUGAAAUUUGAUCAGCAACAAGACAUGUCCCAGCUCUCCGGCAUGUGGCCCGGUAUUAUCAAUGCCAGGGAGGAGCAACUCUCCAACGGCAACGUCUUCACGCUAGGAGCAGAUGCAGAUACUCUCUAUGAGUAUUUGCCCAAGACGUACGCGCUGCUCGGCGGCCAGGUGUCAAUGUAUCGGAGAAUGUACGAAAAAUCAAUGCGCACAGCAGCUGGACACACUUUUUUUCGACCAAUGAAUCCAGAUGAGAAGGACAUCCUAGUCUCUGGCACGGUUCACAUCCUACCGACCCAGAAUGGGAAUCCGCGUGCACAUAUGGAAUCCCUGGCCCACCAUCGAACUUGUUCUGCUGCUGGGACAUUCGCUCUUGGCAGUGCGCUCUUUAACAUCCCUGUUCAUAUGAAGAUUGCGCAUAAGCUAGUUGAUGGUUGCAUCUGGACCUCGCAGAGCAUGCCGCUGGGUAUCAUGCCCGAGCUUUUUGAGACUAUCCCAUGUGCGUCGCAAACCGACUGUCCGUGGAACGAACGACACUGGAAACAAGAAGUAUUGAAGAAAGCAAACAAGGAUAGGGUCGCGGAUUUUGACGUUGAUUCUUUCAUUAAGCAACACCAUCUGCCGAAAGGGUUUAUCAGCAUUCCCGAUCCUCACUACAACCUACGCCCCGAAGUUAUCGAAAGCAUGUUUCUCAUGUACCGCAUUACCGGCCGCGAAGACCUUCUCGACACCGCCUGGGAUAUGUUUCAGUCUAUUCAGAACAACACUCAGACCCCAAAUGCUAAUGCUGCUCUUGCCGAUGUCACGGCUCAAGACGGCAUUCCACCACAGGUUGACUCAAUGCAGAGUUUCUGGAUGGCACAGACGCUCAAAUACUUCUAUCUCAUGUUCAGCUCUCACGAUGUCAUCAGUCUUGAUGAAUAUGUUUUCAACACCGAGGGACAUCCACUCAAACGUCCAGUAUAA